AUGCCUGCUUACGAACUUCGAUCUGGGGGUGAUGUUAAGAACAAGAAGCAGAGUGUGGCCGAUCUCAAAUACCGUCGAUUGACCGAGCUCAAUGCCCGUUUGAAAGAGGAUCUGGACCGUCCACGGGUCAAGGUGUCGGAGGCGGCGCUCUCGCUCAUCAACUACUGCAAUAACACUCGCGAUUUUAUGGUUCCUUCCGUAUGGGGACAGGUCGACAAGCGAGACGAUCCCCAUGCCCCCCAGCAACAGGGAGGCUGUUGCACCGUCAUGUAA